AGAAGCGCCUCUCGCGGUGGUUUAAGCCAGUAGUUGUGAAAGUGAUUUUGUUUGUUCAUCGCAUCCGCGGAAAAUUGCAUUUUCCUCUGUAAUUUAGUGCAGAAAAACCAUGAGUUUGGAAGAAUUUCCCGAAUACGAAGUCCCAGGGGCGAUUAAACGUGAUUUCUACCCAUAUGAAUCCAAUGGAGGGAGCGUUGUUGCCAUUGCCGGAGAUGACUUUGCAGUGAUUGGAGCAGACACUCGACUCAGUUCUGGGUACUCCAUCCAUUCACGGAACCAGGCAAAAUUGUUUAAGCUGACGGAUUCAUGUGUUUUGAGUGCCGGUGGCUGCUGGUGCGAUAUCCAGGCUCUCACGAGUCUGAUCAAUGCUAAGAUGCAGAUGUACAAGCAUCAACAUCAGCGGACCAUGUCCACUAAUGCCAUUGCCCAGAUGAUUUCUAUCACAAUGUACAACAAGAGAUUCUUUCCCUACUACACCUCCACAAUUGUGGCUGGCUUGGAUGUCAAUGGCAAGGGAAGGGUCUUCAGCUACGAUCCUAUUGGAAACUGCGAGGAGUCGGAUUACAAGGCAGGUGGAUCUUCUGGGGCUCUCCUGAUGCCUGUACUGGAUAAUCAGGUCGGCUUCAAGAAUAUGGAGAAUGUCCAAAACAAAAAUAUUACCGUGGAGAAGGCAGUUGCUCUCACUAGAGAUACAUUCAUCUCGGCUGCCGAACGAGAUAUCUACACUGGAGAUGGGAUUAUCGUCAACAUAAUUACCCAGGAUGGCAUUGAAGAGAAGCGCUUUGAUCUGAGAAGAGACUAAAUUGUAUUUUUUCACGUGAAAUUUCCAAUAAAAUUCUUGUACGUGUG